GAGUGUGUGUGUGUGUUGGACGAUGCGGGGACCGUGAUGAUGAUGAGUUCGUCCGGCUGUUGGGUGGCGAACGGGGCGAGUUUGGAGGAUUGCCACUCCAACCUCUUCUCUCUGGCUGAUCUGACUGGAAUUAAAUGGCGUCGAUAUUCAUGGCAAGGCCCUAUAGGAACACCGCUCGUCAUCCCGGUGGCUGAGGACGAUGCUAUUCUCUGCAGCUUUAGCCGCUGCCUGAAGGCUAAUGUACUCUGUGUUUGGAGAAGAGACCCGAUCCCAGGCCACCGGGAGCUUUGGAUUUUCUGGUGGGGGGAAGAGCCUAGUUUUGCUGACCUCAUUCACCAUGAACUCAAAGUUGAAGAGGAAGGAUUCUGGGAGCAAGGACUGUCCUACGAGUGCCGGACGCUACUUUUCAAGGCGAUCCACAACUUGCUGGAGAGGUGCUUAUUGAACAGAAACUUUGUUCGCAUUGGAAAGUGGUUUGUGAAACCGUAUGAAAAAGAUGCGAAACCAGCAAAUAAAAGUGAGCACUUGUCCUGUUCCUUCACUUUCUUUCUACAUGGGGAUAGUAAUGUCUGCACCAGUGUUGAGAUUAAUCAGCACCAGCCAGUGUAUCGUCUGAGUGAAGAACAUGUCACAGCUGCCCAGGGAUCAUCAAACCCCUUCCAAGUUAUUCUAAGUCCUUUUGGAUUAAAUGGUACAUUGACUGGUCAGUCAUUCAAGCUUUCUGACCCUCCAACUCUCAAACUGAUUGAAGAAUGGAAGCAGUUCUACCCAAUACAAUCCAAGUUGAAGGGAACAGGUGACAAAGUGGAGGAGAUGGACUGGGAUGAUGACUCCAUAGCAGCUGUAGAAGUCAUCCUUGCUGGUGUGAGAAUGGUGUACCCAGCCUGUUUUGUGCUGGUGCCUCAGCCUGAUAUUGCUACAGUCAUCUUGAGCAGCUCUGCUGGGACCUCCCAUUUCACUGCUGCCUACUCAAGUGCCCAUCCAGUGCCUGCCCCAGUGAGGGAUCCCGCCAUUUCCUCCGUGACUCUGACUCCACCAACAUCGCCAGAAGAGACUGAAGCAGCUGAAGUACAAUUCAACCAUAAAUGGGCGAAACUCACUUCAAUGCCUGAAGGGUUCAAUACGGAGAGUUCUGUGCAUGGUGGAAAAAUUCCUAGAAAAUUAGCCAGUCGGGUAGUAGAAAGGGUGUGGCAAGAGUGCAAUCUGAAUCGAACCCAGAAAAGACGAAAGUACACCACCCUCAAUGGCUGUGAAGAAGAUGUAACCUGCAAAGUGAUGUGUUGGGAUUUUGUUGAAGCUACAAAUAGGGUGAACUGCAGCUGUUCAAGGCAUAAAAACAAAAGGGGGACUAGUGUGCAAGGACAGAAUCAACCUCCCGGCCCGCAACAACCAACUGCACUCAAGCACAAGAUGAACGAUAAACAGGAAAAGGGAGAGAAACAGCAGAAAAGGCCGCUUACUCCUUUUCAUCACCGUACUUCAGUGUGCGAUGACGCUUCAAUGGAGCAAGACUCUGCUAAUCACAGACUAGGGAUCAGGCCCCAGGACAACAGAGGAAGGUAUCCACACACAAGGCCUAAUGAUGUUAGCUCAACAAAAGCCUCGCAGCUACAUAUCCCAGAGAUCGUAAACUCACCAGCGCCACCACCACUGAGCCCUCAUCCAUGUGAAAGGGGAGAAGAAGUGGGAGAAGCAUUCAAAAAUCCAUUAACGCCUCAAAGUCAGCCAUUCUGCCAGAUUCCUGUCCCAGAUCCCUUACUUCCUGCUAAAGCUGCCGAGGAAAGAAUUGAACCUCACCCAGCCCAGGCUUUUCCAUUGCCAUUCCCAGAGGUUAUGGAGCCUACAGCUUAUAGCGGCAGUGUAGUGCAGUUUGAGCAUGAUGAUCCUGAGGUCACAUGGAAGUGUUACCAUCUGCCCAAAGAGAAGGAUUCUGAUUUUGUACCACCGCAGUUGCCAUUUGAUAAAUAUAGAGAGGAGUACCUGCAGUGAACAAACAAGACAAUGCACUUUCUUCUGUCUCAAAGUAAGUUGAUUAUUCAUUCAAAUAAGCCAUUAAAGAUUUCAAAGGAUUUGGUAAAUGGGUACAUCCAGAGAAGAAACCAGUAUUCUAGGGGAUCUUAUCUGGAAUCUGAUUCCAAGUCAGAAGUUGAUCCGUAUGCAUUUGAUGAUGGUGAUGAGGAUUUCAGUUUUCCCGAUAAGAAGGACAAGCAGGGCAACGAGAGAGACCCGGGAAAGAAACACUUGCAUAAGGGAGAUGAUGACGGUCCUGGUAUAUCACAUUCUACAUUACCAGCCAAUGGAGAGGAUGCCAUGUCAAUAUUCAGCUCUGGAACUAAGCAAGACAGACAGAAAUCGCAGAGUCGAACUGCAUCCACCAGUCUCAUGAAUGAGUUUGAUCUUGUUGUCUCGUACAAAGACCUUGACAAUCUUUUCGAUGAUGAAGAUGAACUUGGGACUGGUUCUCGACAUGCUCAUGUUGGACACGAUGAGAAAACAGGCAAUAAGGAUUCAAGGACUGGGCCUUUUGACACAUUUCCUUGUAUAAGUUCUGCUGACCUGCAACAGAUGUUCCCAACACCUCCAUCCUUGGAACAGCAUGGUCCAGGCUACUCUCCAAUGAACAUAAACAAAGAAUUUGGAAGUCUGGAUAAUCCCUCAGGAAUGACUCUAGACAGUCAUUAUCUGAAUUCUUUCAAGAUUGAGGUGGAAGAGGGGAUGGGUAGCCCUAAACCUUCAGAAAUUAAGGAUUUUUCUUAUGUUUACAACCCUGAGAAGUGUCAUGCGUAUGUCAGUAGUACGUUAUUUGCACCACUGAAAAUCUUACCAAGUCAGUGUCUGGCUCCUGUCAAACUGCCGGAGGAGUGUAUGUAUCGUCCUUCGUGGACUGUUGGCAAGCUGGACCUGCUUCCUCCUGUACCUUCCAUGCCAUACAUCCGAGACAUAAACAUUCCAAGUGUUGGCAGUGGAAUGGACCAGGAUUACAUUCAGACGUGCACACCACAGACUCAUACCCCUUUUGGACUGACAAACAGUGCCCCUCCCAGCAAUAGUGGUGCUGGCGUCCUCCCAUCACCCGCCACUCCACGAAUUUCUGCACCGACUCCAAGGACACCAAGGACUCCACGUACACCUCGUGGCCCGGCCAGUGUUCAGGGCUCCGUGAAGUAUGAUAAUUCUGAUUUAUAUUCACCUGCCUCCACGCCUUCGACUUGCCGACCACUGAAUUCGGUGGAACCUGCAACGGUGCAGUCCAUACCUGAGGCGCAUAGUCUUUAUGUAAACCUGAUUCUAUCCGAUUCCAUCAUGAAUCUGUUCAAAGACUGCAACUUUGACAGUUGUUGCAUCUGUGUCUGUAAUAUGAACAUUAAAGGAGCUGAUAUUGGUUUGUACGUCCCAGACCCCACCAAUGAAGCGCAAUCCAAAUGCACAUGUGGAUUUAGUGCUGUAAUGAACAGGAAGUUCGGAAACAACUCUGGGCUCUUCUUGGAAGACGAAUUGGAUAUUGUAGGUCGGAAUACGGACUAUAGCAGAGAAGCUGAAAAGCGUUUAGAAGACCUCAGGAAUGUUGUUCUUGAGCAGAGUGAAGGAAGCCUGAAGGAGCCUGAGAAAGUGCCUGAUGAAUUAAUGUUGCUACUUCAGGACCAGUGCACAAACCCGUUCUCGCCUAUGAGAUCAGUUGAUCCAUUACUGGUAGCAAAACUACGAACUAUUAGCCAACCAGUACGUAUGGAAGAUCGAGACUACUACAGGGAAUGCUAUACUGCAUUGGAACAGGGAUGCCAGUUCAUGGACAAUAUGUCGGGAGGCAAGCUUGAUGAAGCACUUGUUAAAAGCUCUUGUUUGCACCUCUGGUCUAAACGAAAUGCUGUGGACGUCAGCAUGCUGUGUUCGCAAGACCUUCUGCGUCUGCUUCUCUCACUCCAGCCUGUGCUGCAGGACGCCAUUCAGAAAAAACGGGCAGUCAGGUCAUGGGAGAGCAUCCAACAUGUGCAAGGACCCCUCACUUGGCAACAAUUCCAUAAAAUGGCUGGGCGAGGAUCUUAUGGUACAGACGAGUCUCCAGAGCCACUGCCUAUCCCAACUUUCAUGUUGGGUUAUGAAUGUGAUUUCCUUGUGUUGUCUCCAUUUGCUUUGCCCUACUGGGAGAAGCUUCUCCUGGAACCUUAUGGAUCACAAAGGGAUGUUGGCUACGUAGUGGUAUGUCCAGAAAAUGAGGCCCUCUUAAACGGGGCACAGAGUUUCUUUCGAGAUCUCGGUGCGGUCUAUGAGUCCUGUAGACUGGGCCAGCACAGACCAAUCUCAAAAUUGCUUCCUGACGGCAUCAUGAAAGUGGGGACCAAAGCAGCAGCAAAACUCGUGGAACAGCCGGUAAACGAUUGGUUCUUACAGCACUGUGCGAACAGCAAUAACGAAGCAUUUUCCAAACUCAAACUUUAUGCCCAAGUAUGCAGACACAAUCUGGGUCCAUAUCUUGCUGCUCAGAUACUGGACAAUUCGUUGCUGUCACAACCUAACCCUGUUUCCUCACCAAGCCAGUCUGCUACUUGCCAGAGCUCAGUACAGGCUCCUGCUGGGCUUUCAUCUGCUACAUCCUCCACUCCUGCUCCUGCCCCAACCACUACUGUAGCAACCGUUGUUAACACCUCCAUCACCUCUACAGUUACCACUCCUCCAUCAUCAAAUGUCGUUUGUGCCUCUGCAAAUUUGGGAAGCGGGAUGUCUUCAGUGAAACAGUCUUCAUCCUUUCCUCCCUUUGGACACUUAAGCAGUUCUUCUGGCGCACAGUCUAUGCAGGGUUUGACCACACAGAGUGGACAAUUGGGUCAGCAGAUUGUAGGGACAUCUAUUGACACAACGGCAGGUACCAUGGGACUACAGCACCAGGAACCUCCGGAGAGUGCCAUGGAAAGGGAUAAAAUUGGAGUGCCUACAGAGGGGGAAUCCCAUGCCAUUACCUACCCACCAUCAAUUGUUGUGUAUUUUGUGGAUCCUUUUACGUACAAUGCAGAGGAUGAAGGAUCUGCACCUUCAAGUGUUUGGACACUGGGUCUUUUGCGCUGCUACCUGGAAAUGAUCCAUUUGUUACCACAGAACAUCAGGAACGCCAUAUCUGUGAAGAUUAUUCCAUGUCAGUACCUGUUGCAACCUGUGCAAAAUGAAGAUCGACACCUAUAUUCCCAGCACCUUAAAUCCCUGGCAUUCUCUGUGUUCACUCAAUGUCGGAGACCCUUGCCAGCUUCCACUUAUGUGAAAGCACUAACUGGUUUUGGACCAGGACUGGCCCUGGAUAGCACCUUAAAGAGCCCAGAUAGGCCAGAGUGUGUGCGUAUUUACACCCCGCCAUUUAUCUUGGCUCCAGUGAAGGAUAAGCAAACUGAGCUGGGAGAGACCUUUGGAGAGGCUAGUCAGAAAUACAAUGUCCUUUUUGUUGGCUAUUGCUUAUCACACGACCAGAGGUGGCUCCUUGCAACAUGCACUGAUCUCUAUGGGGAGUUGCUGGAAACAUGUGUCAUUAAUAUUGAUGUACCAAACAGAGCUCGGAGACGGAAAGGUUCCGCCAGGAGAAUGGGGCUGCAGAAACUAUGGGACUGGUGCCUCGGCAUCAUGCAGAUGACUUCAUUGCCCUGGCGGGUUGUUGUAGGGCGUCUGGGGAGGCUAGGACAUGGAGAGUUAAAAGACUGGAGUUGUUUGCUUGGUCGGCGCACUCUGCAGUCCCUGAGCCGGCGGUUGAAGGACACGUGCAGGAUGUGUGGUAUCUCGGCGGCCGAUUCUCCCAGCAUCCUCAGUGCUUGUUUAGUUGCCAUGGAACCACAAGGCUCAUUUGUGAUCAUGCCAGACUCUGUCUCAGUUGGAUCUGUGUUUGGUCGUGGAACCUCUCUUAACAUGCAGACAUCGCAGCUGAGUACACCGCAAGAUACAUCGUGCACUCACAUUCUGGUGUUCCCUACCUCUGCCACCGUGCAGGUGGCAUCUGCCACCCAAACAUUUGAAAUACCAUUCAACACCAACAAUGUUGAUGAGAUACAGGGGAUCUUUGACUUGCUGGACCCAGAGGAUAACUAUGUAGACCCUGAACUCAUCAUUAACUUGCCAGCAUCUCCAUCCACGUCACCAGUACAUUCACCAGGGUCUCAUUACCCACACGGUAGUGACACUGGCAAGGGACCAGGCACAGAUCGACAGGAGUCUCACGAUGAGGUAACCAUUUUACAGCAGCCAUUGGCACUGGGCUACUUUGUCUCGACAGCGAAGGCUGGGCCACUUCCUGAGUGGUUUUGGUCGGCCUGCCCUCAAGCACAGAACCAAUGUCCACUCUUUCUCAAGGCUUCAUUGCACCUCCACGUGCCUUCAGUGCAUUCAGAUGAGCUGCUUCACAAUAAGCACUCCCACCCACUCGAUUCAAAUCAGACCUCUGAUGUGCUCAGGUUUGUUUUAGAACAAUAUAACGCUCUCUCUUGGCUGACCUGUGACCCUGCUACCCAGGACCGACGCUCCUGCCUCCCCGUGCACUUUGUGGUGCUGACACAGUUGUACAACUUCAUCACAAGCAUGUUGUAAACUUCACUGGGAUUCAGGAUUAACCUCUCGGUAAAGGGAUAUCAUUUGCGGGAGUCAACAAAGAGGGAAUCAAUGGAAAGGGACAUGACUCAAAGGAGGAAUGUUGGAAAUGGGCCUGACAAAAACUUCAAGAUGUUCCCCCCUCCCCCUUUAAUUGUCGGGUGGAUUUUAAAACCACUUACAGUUGUCCAAAAAUGCCUGAUCUUAAUUUAUUGUAAGUUUUUAAAUGUUGUAUACAUUGUCUUAUAUUUUGUAUUUUUAAAAAAGAAAAAAAAUUCAAGAAGGUUUAAUGCUUCAUGCUUCAAAGCAUUUGUUGUAUUAAAAUAUCUAUAAUCGUCUUAAAAGUUUGAGGUAGGUUACUCUAAGGUUGGGGGGUAGGGAGAGAGAGGCAAAUAACUAUUGGUUCAGUGUACAUUUUGGUUCAGGGUGGGAUUAGCAUUGACCAUGCCUCGUGUGUGGUGCAAUUGCAGCUAAGCUGUGGUUGCAGAGUACUUGUACAGUAAAUAAAAAGGUUCACUGUUUAUAAUUGAAAAAUACUUCUUACAACAUUUCCUAUCAUGCAUUAUGAAGUCGGGGCUGAAAGGGCUGCCCUUAUUUGGGUUAGUCUCAGUGACCUGCCUAUUUGUACAUAAAAAAUAUUAGUAACUUUAAUUUGUUACUCCUGUAUAAAAACUAUUGUGCAGAGUGGUAAAUUUUUGUAGCAACUGAAUUUUUUCCAAAAUUGAAUCAAAAAGCAAUGCAGAUGCGUUUGAACGUCUGUUGUAGUGUUGAGGUUUCUCUGCCCAGACUCUCCAAACUUGAUGAUGGCUUUAUAGUGAAUGGACCAUUUGACUGCUCCAGGUACAGCCUCACUUAAAAACUAACAUCACAGUGAGCUUUCAUGCUUUGUUUUGAGAAUUGACAGUGGUUAAUCACCAUACCUGAUAUUUUUACAUUAUGAGACGCCAUAUAUGCUUUAUUCCCCCUUCCCCCCCUUACAAAUACAACUAAAUCCCAUCUAAAAGCUACCAAUUGUAUUCUGGGCAUUGUUGGUUCAUCAUUAUUAUAUCGUGUGUGUGUGUUCAGGUUAUAAAUGGAGAAAUCUAUAAGGUGUGAUGUAUUGAAACCAUUGUGACUUUUUUUUUUAAAACUCCGUACUAAAACGUCUGCAGUGAGUUGUGGGUAAAGUGGAUUGCAGCCCGGUGUGCCUGAAGUGAGAGUGAUGGGAUAGAAUUGAGGAAGGUAUUUUUCAACAAAAAAAAAGGUCGCAGAAGGGAAGGGCAAUUUGAAGAUUUUGUUCAAACGAACCAGUUCUCAUUUUUUAUCUGAGCUGCGUUGUGCUCUUUCUUUUUUCUUGAGAGGGUUCUGCACUACUUUUUGGUGAUAACUAAAGGGGUGAUUGAGUUCUUUUUUAAAAGAUGCUGUGUCUUUUUGCUGGAAAAAAAGGUGAAACUAAUUUUAUAUGCCCCUGAAGUAAAACAAAUCCUGUAUUAAAAAAAAGACCUGGAUGUGUAAAUAUGACUAAAAGUUAACUUUUGAGUAUGAUUUGCACUAAAUGGAGUUUGAAGCUAAAUUAAGAAUGAUUUUUUAUUAAACAAAAUCAAAACCAUCACUUCUAGAGGAACUGGCAGCAAAUUGGAAAUGAUUUCCCUCGUUUAAGAUAAUGUUGUAUUUAACGUCUCAUACACCUGGUUCUUUUCAAUGGUGACUUUUGAGUUGCUACAUUUUGGUUGGUUCUUUAUCUAUCACAACUAUUUCAUGAUCAUUUUGAAACACAUAGAUCAAGAGCUAUGGGUGUGGGAAGGGUCUUUUCCCGUUUUGAGUGCAAAAGGUUUGAUACAAAAAAGUGUAGAAUAUAAAACAUUGGAUCACAGCCGUUCUCUUGACAUUCCUUUGAGUAUGAGUUUCACGAAAGUUCAUUAACUUGAACCUGUGGAUUAUAAACACUAAAUUUAUCUCUUUACAUCUAUUUAUCUAAAUCUGAUUGGGAAUUCCUACUUUUGUAUUGAGUUGUGUGGACACAUACUAAAAUUACUAUGGGACCUGAAGCCCUUUAAAACCUUCUGAUCAGACUUUAUUCGGGUGCUUUUACUCUCAAAUGCUGUCAGUCACUUACCAAUAACUUCUAGAACUACUAUAUCAUUUGCUUUAUUCGCCAAAAUGAAAAUUAAUGGAGGAAGGUAAGAGCAAAUGGGAAGAACGAAAAUGUAGAGAUUUAUAUAGUAUAGUAAUUAAUAAUUAUAUAGAUCUGUAAUUUUAAUAGUGAUUACAGAGCAGACACACUCCUGCAGAGAUUGGAUUUGAAAGUACUUAGUUUCCAAUCAUCAGAUAGUAAAAGUAUUGUGAAUCACCUGUCACUUUUCUACCCGAGUUAUUGACUAAGUUGCAAAAUGCUGUGUGCAGCAAUAAAAUAAUUCUAUCACAAAGGGCUAGUGGAGGAGGCAAGAGAACUGACUUUAAUUGUACUAUCUUAACUGCAAAGCAGUAUUGGUCCACGCCCAGCAUUAUCCACACUGGAACAGGAUUUGUGCAGGGGAGAAAUGUAUAAAGUAAAAUAUAGUGACUAAUAAUUGGUAAUCUUCAAACACAGGUCUCUAGAUUCUACUUCCAAUUUACCUAAAUUCUUAAUGCAUUAAUCCUUAAUAGUUUAUUUCAUAUAAUUCUUAAAGAAGAUGAUUUGACCAAAUUAUGUCAAACUCUAUAAACUUUUUUUUAAUUGUAUUUGCUUAACAUCCACAUUGUUGUAACUGUAUUGGACAGCUUUAAAAAUUAUUUUUUAAACAAAAAGUGCACACAAAAAUUAUUCCUUGUUCAGUUGAAUAAUAUUGCAUGCUAAAAACCAUAUUAAUUUGAGUUUUAGACGAUUGGACAAUGAUCUAGGAACUGAGUGGGAUUUAUAAAUCAGUAUGAGGAUUAAGUAUCUUAAUAUGCGACCGCCAGGAAGGUGGAAGGCAAACUAAAUGGACCUUGGUCUUUUUUCGUCUAGCAUGAUUUAUGUUAUCUUUUUACAUUGCUCUAUUAAGGACUUAAUUCCAGGUUCUGUACCCUUCUCACUUUGCUUAUUGCCACAUCCACUAUGUGACAAAGUGAGUAACGCGGCAAUUAAUGUCCUUGGGUGUCAAAACAUAUUAAAUCUUACAAAACGCUUUCCUUUCAGCAUAUCACUUUACCCCUUUCCAUACUGUUACCCUGCCUUAAAAAUUGGGUGUACAGCUUGCACAGAAGCCCGUGGAUCUUUAUUACUAACCAGAAGCUACUUAACGACCUCUUUGGGUUUGUUCUUAUCUUCUGAGAUCAGGAACUCCACGUAGGCACUGAUCUGAAUCCUGAAACUUAUGUUUCAUAUUUAGACUUCUGACCAUUUAUUUUUUCCUAAUUGUAACUAAAAUAUUAACAAGCAGAUAAGAUAUCCCUUCCUCCUUGUGCCUCUUCCUCUUGUGCACAUAUUGGUUCUUUACUUUCUCCUAACUUUGAAUAUUGAUUACUUCAAGCUGUAGAAGUUUAUUCCAAAUUCAACAAACUAAGCAAACUGAAAAUAAUUAUUUCUUUUUUAAAAAAGAUAAAUGCUGAAUACCUGCCAUGUAUUAUGAAACUAAUUCUCGUGCUUUGUCUUCCUUGACUUAUCUCGCCUGAAUCCUCCUAUCACAGUUGCAUCCAAUAGUUACCUGACCCACAGUUUAUCUUUAUAAAAUGGGAUGUAUAGAACUACAUUAUAGCACAGGUAUCUGCUGUUACCCACAAUUUAUUGCUCAGAUCGUUUUGUGAUGGGAGUAAACCAUUUCUGAACCAGUUCAGUAUGAAUGAGGUAAGGGUGUCUGCAGAUGGUGGGUGGGUGGAUGUCCAGUUUUCUGGUAAUUGACCAGAUACAAUUCUUGCGGAAACUUAUACCCCAAUCACCUGGUCCAGUUCGAGGUUUCAGUUAUCCUGAGUUCCCGAUGAUGCCCAGACUAGGAUCUGAAAGUGGUCUGUUUUUUUUUGUGUGCAAACACUAGCAAUCCCAGUACUUUAAUACCGCAUUGCUUAAAAGUUUUGUCUUAUUUAAAUUUCAUAAUUUAAUCUUCUGUUAAACUAUUUAUAGAUUUUUUUUGAGCUGAAAUUGUAGUAAUUUUUUUU